AUGUCGAUUUUACAAGGCAAAAUUCAUUCCACUCUUGGACCAUCAACGGCGUCCAUCCGGAUUUUGUUGAUCAACCCAAAUUCGACUCAAUUAUUCACCGAAGAGCUCGUACCUGUCCUUUCGAAGAGUAUCCCUUCCAACGUGAAAAUUGAUUUCGUUACUGCUCCUUCAGCCGCUCCGAGAAGUAUAGACAACAGUGAAGACGGAAGACUCUCAACUUCGGUAUGCGAAGAAUACUUGGAUGUCCAUAACGAAGGAGGCAGAGAAAUCCUGCAAAGCUAUUCAAGUGUGAUAAUAGCUUGUUUCUCACAACAUCCUCUAGUCGAUUCAUUCCGGAAGGCAGGACAAGGGGUGAAAGGGAGAAAAGCUAUCACAAUUGGAAUUCUAGAUGCUGGCGUCUAUAGUGCUUUAGCAUUAGGCGGUAAAUUGGGUAUAGCAACUACUGGUGAACAAUGGGAAUCAUUGUUCGAUACAGCUAUUGAGACUAUGGGAAUCACCAAAUCAAGAUAUGCGGGUACAAAAGGAACAGGAUUCGAUGCCAUUUCUUUACAUGGUGAAGGACCUACAUCAGCUCUCCUAGAAGCUUCCGUAAAUCUGGUUGGAAGAGGUGCCGCUGUGAUAGUAUUGGGAUGUGGGGGCAUGUCAGCUAUGCGAGAAGGUCUCGAGAAUUCGCUCAAUGAGAAAACACAGUCGUGGAUACCUGUGAUAGAUGGUGUUCAAGCAGCUGUAGAUAUGGCAAUAGGUUAUGCGAGAAUGGGAGUAUCGCCGACAUUGCAAUCAUAA